AUGGCUCCGAUCGCGACGUCCAGUCUGAGGCCCACGCCCUCGCUGCACGCCUCUGCCCCUGCCAACACGCUCAAGUCGCUCGCAGCCGACGCCGACGACUGGCGCGCGGAUCUGCGCAACAACGGCUAUGCGGUGAUCAAGGGUGCGAUCCCGCGGGCGCGCGCGCUCGCGUACCAGCAGCGGGCACGCGCGUGGAUCAAGAGCUUCGGCAACGACGGGCUCGACUAUGCCGACGCGAAGACGUGGGUGAAGGCGAACCUGCCGGUGCACUCGCGCAUCAACACGUUCAGCACAUACGGCGGCCCACACGAGCGAUUCAUGUGGGACGCGCGCCUGGAGCCGGGCGUGCUCGCGGCGUUUGAGCAGGUCUGGGGCACCGACGAGCUGCUGGUCAGCUUCGACAGCCUCAACGUCACCUUUCCGAACCGCACCGACGUGACGCCGCGCGGCGCCUGGGAGCACGUCGACCAGAGUCCGCUGCGUCGCGGCAUGCACUGCGUCCAGGGCAUCAUCAACCUCUCGACGGCCGGUCCCGACGACGGCGGCCUCGUCGUCUAUCCGGGCUCGCACCGUCUCCUCGACGACUUCCUCGACAGCCAGACCGAUCCGGCCACCUGGCUGGCCAAGGACUUUCUCUACAUCGAGCCACACCAGCUCGCCUGGUUCCGUGCAAAGGGCAUCCAGCCUCUCAAGGUCUGCGCCGACGUCGGCGACCUCAUCGUCUGGGACAGCCGCACGAUUCACUACGGCGCCGAGCCUGGCCCCAGCAGCACCACCAUUCGCACCGUCAUCUAUGCCUCCUACUCGCCCGCCCGUCUGGCCACGCCCGAGACUCUCGCGCUCAAGGCCGAGGCCUUCCACCGGUUCGCCGGCACCACUCACUGGCCGCACGACAACAUUUGCCUGCGCAGCCCAGAGACUUACCUCGAGGACGGCACGCGAGACCCUCGCGACAGAGACCGGCCCCUCGAGCUGCCCGAGAUGACCGACCAGCUGCUCCGCCUGGCCGGUGUCAAGCCGUACUAG